AUCUAAAAUUAUCGUUACUUAAAAAGGUGCCCUUCUCCGUAAUGGCUAGUGACAGCAUGAUUGAUACAUCAAAAUGCAGGUCUGACGGCAUGAACAAUACAGAUAAGAUGGAUCGUGUUCAAAAUGCUCAUUUGUCUGUUCUUGUAAAUAUACCAACACCUCCUGGUCCUCAGUGCUAUUGUAUGUCGCCACGUGAUUUUAGCAGGCCGGAUUUUCAGUGCAGUGUUUGUUAUAAAUGGUUUCAUCUUGAAUGCAUUGCAUUUAACAUUGGAAAGGCAUUACCUUUCCUAACUGCUUAUCACUUUAUGUGUAAAAAAUGCAACCCGAUCGGGGAAGAGGUAUUUUCUAGAAAGCAAGCCAAUUUUACUGUUAUGUGUCAAACAGCUCUAGCCAACCUGAUGUUGAAGCAUGGAGGGCGUUUAUACUUUAUGGAAAUGAAGGAACUCAUUCCGUUUCUAGAGGAGUAUUGGGAAGAACUUACGACGCAACCCAGAAAAUCAAAUAACUCUUGGUACCCAAAUAUCCACAAAACUUUGACUAGUAGUGAUGUGUUCAAGACAAUAGAAACUCCAGAUGGUCUUUAUGUGUGCUUGUCGAACACUGAUCUUACCAAAAUCGGUCCAAGUUAUGAUCGAUUUCGUGCUCUCACAAGUCAACUUCGGACAAAUAUCACUAAACUAGGAGUUCCCUCCGCCAACGUACCAAACAGUGUGUCACAAAACCAAUCAUCUGUAUCAGGUUCCAUCUCUGAUGUAGUUGAUCAGUCAUCAAAUCUUAGCUCCGCUAAUAAUCAGUUACCUUUCACCAAUGAAACCGAUGGCAUAGACGUGCCUGUUUGGCGUAAACGCAAAUCUCCUGGCAGCGGGUUAUCUGCUGGAAUGGGGAACUUUUACAGUGGUUCUUCGGUGAUAUCUACUGUUCCUUGUGCAUCAUCAGAAAGUGCAGCACUUGGUACCGUGACUAAUACUGAUGUCACAGGAUACCCUGGUACCAGAACUGCUGCUUCAACAAAUGGUGAUGUAAAUAAUGGGUUAUCCAGUGGUCUUGUACGUUCCACUCGUCGGGCCACGUCGGCAUCUGUUCUUGGUGGGACGACCGCCUUAAGUGGAACCUCAGGUUCUGAUGAAGGACGUGCAAAGUUAAAUUCUUUGGGAUUCCCAAUUGAUCAUGCACUAAAUAAGGAAGGUUACCGUUAUAUUUUAGUGGAACCAGAUAAACAUGCCUCUGGUCGGGAGCAGUGGGAUGAAUGCGAGUUCACAGCUGGGAAACCUAUACCUGGUCUCUUUUAUCGUGUGUUUUUAUGCUCACAAGUGGUUUUAUCUUUGAGUGAUCGUGCAAAUCAUUUGAAAGUUCACGAAUCUCAAUUGUCAGUUACUGGUGACAAAGGUUAUUGCAUGGUCCGUGCCACUCAUAGCGUUAAUUCUGGUACUUGGUACUUCGAAGCAACUAUCACAGAACAACCAGAAGGUUCUGCAACCAGAAUCGGUUGGUCUCAAAUGUAUGGCAACUUACAAGCACCUUGUGGUUAUGAUAAGUUUAGUUAUUCUUGGCGUUCACGUCUUGGUACGGCGUUUCAUGAAUCGCGCGGGAAACACUACGCCGAUGAGGGUUAUAAAAAAGAUGAUGUUAUUGGGUGUAUGAUUUAUUUACCUUCAACUACUGGUCCUUUCACAUCGCUAGAGAAUCAAUGUUCAGAGUCUCCUGGACUGUUUAAAACUCCCCAGGUGAAUUCAUUGUCAUCUUUGACCGGCGAUCUCAAAUCCAACAUCAACCAUACUACGUCUAGUGGACAGAAUCCGAAUAAACAUAAUUCUUUAUUUUGUGCUUCCAAUUAUCUUCCCGAGACAUAUAAGGAUCGUCCACUCAUCAGAUUUCGAAAUUCUUUUUAUUUCGAAGAGAAAGAUGAACCAACGAAAGCUGAAAAAUUACUCCAUCCAUUGCCCGGUAGUAAAGUGAGUAAGAAUGUUAUUGUUUUCGACUUUUCUUCAAAUAUGUAACGUUCUGAUCUGUUGUAUGUAAAUGUUCCAGUUCUCUUCCGUGGCGUUUUGUUCAACAAAUUUGGUUAGAUACUGAUAAGUGUGUGAAAUCUAACCAGACAAUUCCUAUUUCAGUCAAAGAUUGUGUUCUAUCGUAAUGGUAAAUGUAUGGGAGCAGCUUUUACGAAUGUCUAUGCAGGCACUUAUUAUCCAGCAAUAUCAAUAUAUAAAUCUGCUACUGUUUCUGUGAAUUUCGGUCCAUACUUUAAAUAUCCUCCAAGUGACGUAACGGACUGGGAACCGAUGUCUAGUCGCGUUAUAAGCGCUGCUGUUGAACAAACUGUCGCAGAUAUGAUCUGUUUAGUAGAGAAAGACGGAUUCAUUGAACGUACAAUUAAAUCAUGUACUCCUCAAUUUAAUUGACUAGAAGUUUUCAAAUAUAAUAGAAAUUUAAGUUUUAUCUUAAAUUCAUUUGUAAUUGUCGAGAAGCUAAUUUUCUUCCUGUUAGAUCGAUAUCCUCAUCUUUUGAAUGUCAAUUUGCAUUCAUCGAACCUAAUUUAUGUCUAAUUAUUGCAAAUUACACUAUUGAAACAUAAUUGUUGCACUCAUUCUGAAGUGUUUAUUAUUCUUCUUGUUCAUAGAGUUUUUUUUUUGUAUUUUCGUACGCCCAUUUUGUUAUGUCCCGUUAUGGAUUGAUUCACUUCUCCAUCACAUUUUCACAACUUCCUAUUCACUAUAAAUGUCUAUGGCCUUUGUAUUUAUUUGUAAUGAUGUCCAAUGGAAAUUACCCACUCGUCAUACGGUGUUUAUUUUCACUUUUCUCCAUUUCUGUGUAUUCUUUUAUCUAAAAUAAAACAGUGGCAAAUAUAUAUAGUUUAUGUACA